UUUAGCAAAAUAUUGAAUAACCAAUUUGUGUAGUGGAAUGACAUCCGUAAAGCAAAAGCAACAAAGUAGGAAUGGAACGCAAUGUGAAGUUUGUUCUGUUUUCGUUCCUAAUGAAGCAUCCAUGAGAGAUCACUUAAAAGGAAGAAAACAUAUUCGUAAUGUUGAAAAACAAGAACACUGGCUGGAUUCUGCUGUUCGAUCUGUCUAUGUAUCAGGUUUAAAGUCACUUUCCGCUGCUGAAUUAUCAUUAGCUGAUUAUUUCAGCAGUUUUGGAGCUGUAAAAAAAGUGACCAUAGAUAAAACUGCAAAACACUAUGCUAUAAUUGAGAUGGACAGCACAGAGACAGUGGACAAAAUAUUGGAGAAAGAAAAACACACAAUUUUGGGAGUAAAUGUGGAUGUGAGAUUAAGAGAGAUAAAACCUUGUAAAGGGAGGUCAAAAAGUCAAGAGAAUGAGCAAGGACGGUACUUGAGCAAUGAAACAUGGACUGCAUUAUUCGGUUGCGCCACUGUGGAAGAACAAGUUCAUACUUUAAAACAUCUUUUAAUGAUCACUGAAGAUGAUGAUUACAUCCGGAAUUUGAUUUGUAAGUUGUUGGGUGCAGCCUUAGAUGAGGCUUUUCCGGGCUGUGAGGUUCAACCUUUCGGGUCUUCAGUUAAUGGGUUUGGUGUGCAUGGUUGUGACUUAGAUUUAAACUUUGACUAUUCCAGCAUUCAUGAUGAUGUUAUGGCAGGAAUUACACAAAAUAUGCAUGAAACAGGCACUGCAGAAGUCAGUGCGGAAGAUAUGGAUCGAAGUCAUAAGUCUGGGGUUCUUCUCGCUAUUGCAGAGAUCAUAAAACAAUGCGUUCCUGAUUGUCACAAAAUUAAAACAAUUUUAAACGCCCGACUUCCAGUUGUUCGGUUUUAUCAUAAAACAUCUGGUGUUCGUUGUGAUAUCAGCUUGAAAAAUGAUCUUGCCAUUCACAACACACAAUAUUUGCAAUUGUGUAGCCAAUUGACUCCAAAUUUUUCCCUGUUAGUGUUUUUGAUAAGAGCCUGGAUGAAACACUGGAAAUUGGCUGGUAAUUUACAGUUCAAUGGAACAAGCCUGAACAAUUAUGCGGUCACACUUUUAGUUCUGUUUUACAUGCAAAACUGUAAUUGCAUUCCUAAAUUAAAAGAUUUGAGAAAGUAUUCAAAAACAAUAAAAAAGAUAGAGUGUUUUGACUGUACAAUCCCAGAUACACCUAAUUUGGUCGUAUCUGCUUGUCACACAAAUGACACACCUCUGCUUGACCUGGUGUCUGGAUUUUUUGCAUUUUAUACCAACAUUGAUUUCGUAAAUGUGGUCAUAGAUUUAAGCGUCAAUAAAAUUGUUAGUGUAUCCGAUGAUCAGUUAACAAUGGAGCUACAUACCAUUAAAAGCAAGUUCAAGUACUCAGCUCUAAAUAUCCGAGAUCCAUUUGAAGUUAGUCACAAUGUGGCAGCAAACGUGAAUCAAAAACACAUGAAAACAUUUAUCCGAUGCACCCGAAACACCACCCUUGUUACAAAGAUGAAAAAGUAUUCACAGAAACCACUUUCAGGGAACGCUAUUUGGGGCAUAAUGAUGUUGUUUGUGGACCAGCAUAACAAAAAUGAAGCUGGUGAGAAACACGCACACAAAGGAAAGGAAACAGAACACUCAUUUCUUAUCAGUCCUCCACCCUCAGAGCUUGUAGAUCAAAACACUCUGUGUCAAACAGCUGGACAAUUUGUCAUUACUGUCCUACAAGAUGUGUUUUAUGUUAAAAUCGGAAAAACUACUACAAACCAAACCUUCACAGAGGAUUUCUCAGUGUCCCCAGAAAUUCAUGAUUUAACAGAAAGUAUAGCAGUCAUUCAAGCUUGCCCACCCUCAAAUCAAAAUAAUGAUGUAAUUUUACACCAAUCAACUAAUGACCGUAAGCGACAUGCAGAUGAUCGUUUUAAUGCACCUUGUAAGAAGUCAAGAAUUUCAAUUGUAAAAAAUGUUAUUGAAAAUCCAUCCACAGUUGUUCAAUUACCAGUAAAGCUCUCAUGUAUUGCCACUCAGAAAGUGUGGCAAGGCCGGCGAAAAGCACGAAGGCAAAUUGUUCAAUCUGGUUUGUCUGACCUUGUACAGCUUGAACGCAAGAUAUCUGAGCUUCUUCUAUCAGAAAGCAGUGCUUCUGCACCCAAUGAGAGCUUAAAUGACAGCACAUCAUCAGAUCUGUCAAUAUCAAUGCACUUUCAUCUCACAAUGUUAGCAGAAGAACAGAAACUUAAGUUAACAUUUGAACCCGGAGAAAACUCUACAGAUUUUGUAACAUUUUUUCAUCACAUUGAAGUUUUUCUGCCACCUUUUGUAGCAAAGUGUAUGAAACGAAUGUAACUUCUCCUCUCUUACUGUUUCUUUCAUGCUUUCUUUACUGUGUUUUGAAUAGUUCUAAAGUUUUAAAACUGAUAAAAGUUUGCAAAACAUUUUCAAAAGCAGUUUUAUAUUCAGA